UGAGCCCCCAAACAACAACAACAACAACCACAAAGCACUUGCUCUGAGCCAUGCACUACAUCAUCCCGAAUCUAUACCUGGGUGACUAUUCCGACUAUCUGCGGGUGCGACGCGGACGCCAUUUGCCACAGCCAGAGAACAGCGAGAGCGGCGGCGGCGAUGGUGCUGGCGUGGGAUUGAGCAGCAGCAGCAGCAGCAGCACGACGAGUGGGAACAACUCGGACAGCGACGAGGAGAGCUCGUACUACCAGGGCCCGGCAGCAGACGUGCCUCCAAUCACACAUGUGCUGACAAUGCUGCCAAACACGAGCACGGUGCACCCGCCCAUGAGCCAGCUCGCGUUCGACAUAAAGGACACGAGCGACGCCGACAUUCUCUCCCUCCUGCCACAGUGCAUCCACUUCCUCGACGGCGCGCUCUCCAGGAACCAGGCAGUGCUUGUCCAUUGCUUUGCAGGCGUCUCGCGCUCGGCCACGGUCGUCGUCGCGUACAUCAUGACGCUCGCCAACAGGCUCUGCUCGCCAGCCACCGCCCCUGCCGCUCGCCGACUGCUCGGCCUCGACAUCCCGCCCCAGGAUCGCGCCACCCGGUUGCACGCUGUCGCCAUCAACGAAGAGCUCACUGCUCCAUUGACUGUCGACGAGGCAAUCGAACGAGUGCGCAAGUGUCGCGAUUUCAUCAGCCCCAAUGACGGAUUUCGAGAUCAACUCAACCUCUUCCAAGGCAUGGGCUACAAGGUGGACACAAAGUCAAGCUUGUACAAGUGGCACGCAGUGUACACAAUGUCGCUUUCCAAAAAGUGGCGCGACGCCUUCACCACCCACGUCGCGCGGUUUGGCGUUGACCUGCCACGCCAUGCUCCUUCCGGCAUUGCCUGCAGGGCUUGCUCGCACAUGCUGUGUUUGGACGAGCAUGUGAUUGGCCACCCCGUUAGCGAAAAUCUCGACAUGCAGCACCAAUGGCUCUCUCAAUUAAACGGCCCAGACAUGGAAGGAAGCACCUUCCUGGAGGAAAUCCGUACUAGCGUGCGAGAUUGCCGGCAAAUCUACGUUGAGCCCAUGCGGUGGAUGAAGCCUCAGUUAACUCGAGGCAUCGAGCCUGCUCACAAGUUGGGUACGGACGAGUCUCGAUCCCCGGAUCGCUUCUGGGUCAAGCUCCACUGUCCUGGCUGCGACAGCCACGUUGGUCUGUUUAACAUUGAGCUGUCUUUCAACAAGUGCCCUGGAUGCGAUCUGCUCCGAUCACGAGGAUUUAUUCUUCUUCCAGACCGUGUGGAUCAUCGGCAAGCGGACAUUCUGAGCAAGCUGCACGUUUCCGUGCCUCAGCCAUCCUAGUGUAUUCGGGUGGUCUCGUACAAGGCUGGGCAUGUGGCUGAGCCCCCAGCCACGCAUUGACUGUGCACUUUUGCAGUUGCAUCUAUUUGUAACAUUACCGUAGUCGUGAUGAUUUGAAUGGCAGAAUUGUUCCAAGAGUCGGGCACCAAUCCACACUACAAAAGCAGUUAGAAACCUUCCAUCCACAACCUUAUUACUUGC